GUCCCUAAUUUUGCCUUCAUCUCUUGCGGGUCCCCAGGUGAGCACAAGGAAGAUGGACCGGCACCCCAGCCACAUGACCCACGACUGGCUUUCAGUGUUCCCAACUCCCACAGAGAGCCUGGACUACGGGGAUGGACACAAUGACACUGGGUGCUUUGUGGAGCACAUCCCGGAGCUGCUCACGGGCGGCCUCACCCUGCUCACCUGCCUGUGCGGGCUGCUGGGCAACGGGGCCAUCCUCUGGCUCCUGGGCUUCCGUGUCCACAGGAACCCCUUCAGUGCCUACCUGCUGAACCUGGCCCUGGCUGACACCUGCUUCCUGCUCUGCACCUCGGCCUUCCUCCUCAUGUACCACAUGCCCGUGCUCAGCCGCUCCCGCGCGGAGGUGCCACGGGCGCUGCCGCUGUUCCACUCCAUGGUCCUGCUCACGUACAGCACCAGCCUGUACCUGCUCACGGCCAUCAGUGUGGAGAGGUGCGUGGGCGUCCUCUGGCCCUUCUGGUGCCGGUGCCACCGCCCGAGGCUCCUGUCCCCCGUGGUGUGCAGCCUGCUGUGGGCACUUGCCUGUGUACUGGCUGGGCUAGUGUACUUCGUGUGUGACCUGGGGCACUCCGAGCACUGCUGGGUGGUUCUGGGAACCUUGUGCUUCCUCAGUUUCUGCGUUUUGACUCCUCUUAUGGUUGUUUCCAACGUGAUCGUCUUCAUCAAGCUCAGGCGGAGCUCUUGGCAGUACCACUCACUGAGGCUCUACGCCGCCAUCUUCCUCACUGUGUUCUCCUUCCUCCUUUUUGGUGUCCCACUCAGCAUCCAGAUUUUCCUCAACUUCUUUGUCUACAUUAACCUUGUCUUUGAGAUCUGCCUGUUGCUCGCCUCUGUCAACAGCGGCAUCAACCCCAUUAUUUAUGUCCUGGUUGGGAGCUACGGGAAGCCCAGGCUCAGGGGAUCUGUCAAAGUGGCUCUACAGAGGGUCUUUGAAGACAGGGCUGAUUCCCAAGAGGUGGGUGAGACCCCUGUGGUGGGAACUACUGCCUAA